CCAAAAAACGUAAACAAAUUCGAUAAACCUCGCCAGAAACCCUUGUUAGUAACGUUUAGUGCUCGCUUUUUCGUGAUGACCUGUUGUUUAUUUAAGGACUGCUUCAAUCGAUCAUCUCCGUUCACCAGUUUAACGUUCUUCAAGCUGCCCAAGGAUGGCCGACGACGUGAACUGUGGCUGCACCGGUCCGGUAGUGAGGAUCUGGUGCCCAGCGCUCGAUCGCUGGUGUGUGAGGUGCAUUUUGAGGAAUCACAUUUGCGGCGCCAAUUCCAUCGGACUACCUUGAGUGCAGAUGCCGUUCCGUUGGAUUACCGGUUACGAAAAAAGCUUCUCGAUGCAGAAAAAAAUCAGGAUACAACGGUCAUCAAUCAAAGUGCGCCUACGGACAGCGCUGACGAGAUUUACACCAUCGUAGAAGCCGACUACGAAUUAGUUGUCGAAAAUGAAACGGCGCACGAUAGUCCUCAGAUAGAAUCAUUGGACAAUGUACAAGCAGAUGAUUGCGUCGAUGUAGAAUCGAUAGUUCACUCCGAAACAUCGGAACCAGGUUCAUGCAGAAGUUCGCCUGAACUGCUUGUAGAACCAUCUAAACGGAAAAACGAUAGAGAAACAAGUAGAAACAUAAACGAGCCAAUCGCCGAACAAAACAACAAAAAGAUUAAAACCAUAGAUCCGCAGUUUGGGAAUGAAACUUGCGUCACCAGCAGUAGUGCAUCAGCGACAGAAGAAGAGAUAUCUGGUUCUAAAUCACCUAUCGUGGAACAGUCCAAGCAACAAGAGGUACGACACGUACAACCUCCCACUAGUACCACUGGUAGGAUGAGUGAAGAAGAGUAUUUUGCAUUGUCCUUAGUAGGACCCCUGCAACGAUUGUCACCGGAAAAGAGAGCGAUUGCAAAAAUGAAAAUACUAACCUAUCUUGUACAGCUUGAAUGUGGAAUGGAUGCUCAACUAUCGCAAUAGAUAUAUUUUUACAACAUUA